AUGCCCGACUCAACGAUCCCGGUCGCGUGCCAGAACCUCCUCCAUGACUGGGCGAACAUGCUGGACACCAAGUCCUGGACUCGGAUGCCGACGAUUUUCGCGCCCAGUAUCGAUGUGGAUUACUCGGACCUAGGCCACAUCAAGGCCACCGCCGUUCCGCCUUCUUUCUAUAUCGACCAUUACUCCAGCCCAAACCAAUUAGGGAAUCCCGAAGUGCAGUCGCACCAUUUUAUCGGCGCGUGUAAAUGGACACGGGAGUCGGAGUCCCACGUCAGGGUUGUUUUUCAAAUCAUGGGGGUCCAUCGGAGGACUCCCCAGGACGGUGAGGUGGUGCGGGCUACGGGCCACGGGGUCAAUACCAUGGAUCUUACUCGGGUUGAUGGGGAGUGGAAGAUCGGCGCGAUUAAGGUUACAAUCCUCUGGAUGGACGGUGACUUCGAUGCGAUUUUUGCAGCCUAA